AUGAUCCCGGGAUCAGAACUUUCUUUACCGGAACCGAAACUUACAGAUUUUCAGGUUGGUUCCAGUGCUAUAAGUAUAACAACAAAUAAAGAAAUUCUUCGUUUAUUAAAUGAAUAUGCAUCUGAUUCAAGUUUAAUAAAGUCUGUUAUUAAACCUUUAUGGGAUAGUCGACCUCAUCCAGAUGUUCGUGCUUGUCUUAUUUUAACAUUACUUAAUUUUAUUGAUAAAUUACAUUUAAAUGAUGAGAAAAUAAUAAUCUGGAAAAUUUUAGAAGAAGCAGCAGAUGAUAAUUAUCUUCCAGUUGUUCAAUCUUUAUUUUCAGCUCAUCGAGGAAAUUCUCGUUGGCCAUUAUCUCGAUUAGAAAAUUCUUCUGAUAAUAUUUUUCAAAUAUUUAUUAAUCGAAUUCAAUUUAGAAUAUUGGAUCAUCCAACAUCAUUAGAAGCACGUUUAUGGGCUUGGUCAAACAUUAAUUAUGAGCAUUGUGAUAUACCGAAAUUAAUUGAAAAAAGUAAACAAUUAUGUAUUCAAUUUGAUAAAGCUGCAAAUACCUUAUGGGAAAAAGCAUUUAAUCAAAUAAUUUUAUCUUAUAGACAGAAAAAAAUAUCAUCAUCAUCAUCAGAUGUAAUUGCUGAUAUUAUUAAAAAAUUGAUAUCUCGUCGAGAAGAAAUUGAUUCGAAAGAA